CAUACGCACGGAGAGGCUGAGAACCCCAUCAGCGUGUCCACCACUACAGCGGCAGGUGGUCACCGCGCGUCCCGCACUUUGAUCGAAGCUUUUAAGGCGGAUUGUUGACAUUUUGUCACCUUAGAACCCGUAGAUCUCAGGGAGUAAAAUGGAUGGAGCAGAUUAACUUCUUUAAAAAGUACUCAGUUCUCUUUUUUUCUUAAGGAGGAGAAAAGUGACGGUAAUACUUUUUUUGGUGUCUCGGCGUGCCUAAUACUCUAUAUAGAGAUAAUUCCCACCUGAACGUAUUCUGCUUUAUUCUUUUAUUUUAUUUACAUUUUAUUUAAUUUUAAAGGCGCUACACUUAGCUAUGGCACUUGCAAGAUUUAGUAAAAUUCUCCGUCUCCCUACUAUUGACCUGAAAAAGAAACUCAAGCAGUAUGAGCACGUCAACCGGGACAUCAACCCUAACGACAUAUGGCAAAUAAUUGGGGAGCUGGGGGACGGAGCGUUUGGAAAGGUUUACAAGGCCUGUAACAAGGAGACUGGUGUUCUGGCUGCAGCCAAAGUGAUUGAGACAAAAUGUGAGGAAGAGCUGGAGGACUACAUGGUUGAGAUUGACAUCCUAGCUAAAUGUGACCAUGCCCACAUUGUCAAACUCCUAGAUGCGUUUUAUUAUGAAAACAAACUCUGGAUCAUGAUUGAAUUCUGCGCUGGAGGUGCUGUGGAUGCCAAUAUGCUAAAGUUGGAUCGUGGACUAACAGAGCCACAAAUCAGGGUGGUGUGUCGACAGAUGUUGGACGCUCUCAAUUACCUCCACCACAUAAAGAUCAUCCACAGAGACCUGAAAGCUGGCAACGUCCUCCUGACAGCUGAUGGGGAUAUCAAACUGGCGGAUUUUGGUGUGUCUGCAAAAAAUAUCAAAACCUUACAAAGGAGAGAUUCUUUCAUUGGGACACCAUACUGGAUGGCUCCCGAGGUGGUAAUGUGUGAGACAAUAAAGGACGCUCCAUAUGACUACAAGGCCGACAUCUGGUCUCUUGGAAUCACCCUGAUUGAGCUCGCUCAAAUCGAACCCCCACACCAUGAGCUCAACCCAAUGAGGGUGCUGCUGAAAGUUGCCAAGUCGGAGCCUCCAACCCUGGAUAGGCCUCAUAAAUGGUCAAAGGAUUUUAAUGACUUCUUAAAGAAAGCUUUGGAUAAAAACCCAGAGGCUCGUCCCAGUGCAGCACAACUUUUAGAGCACCCUUUUGUGAGGACAGUAACGUCAAACCGUCCGCUGAUGGAGCUGGUGGCGGAGGCCAAAGCCGAGGUCAUGGAGGAAAUUGAAGACAAUAGAGAGGAAGGAGAAGACGACGACACAAUGGAUCUCAUUGAGACGCCAGGCAAAGAGUCAUGCCAGACGAGUCAGACCAGUUUGGAAGAAGAACCGUCUGGGGACCCUCCAAGCCCCACCACACCUACCACACCCUCACCAGUACCUUUACCCAGGAGAUUGGCUCAGCCUGGUACAGCAGCAGAGCAGCAACCGGGCACAGUCAUGGAGGUCCCUGUCCCCCUACAACGCCUCGCUGUCUCUCAAAAAGAUCCAGAGGAGGUCGGGGACAGGCUGGCUGAUGAGGUACCAGAGUCGGAGAAAUCUGAGAGCGAGACCUCAACUAAGACCUCCAGCUCAGACUCGGGCAUUGAGGAUGGAAAGAGUACCCCCACGAUGGAAGAGGAGAAGGCGGCUUUAGAGCCACCAGAGAACGAACAGUCACCCCAAGCUGAGACAACUUCAGGAAAAGUUAAUAUGAUAAACCAGCACAUACCGAAAGUCCACAUAUCUGAUGCAGAUGUCAUUGUUGUGGGUAACAGAGACUCACCAACUCCAAGCUCCAGUCCCAACAUCACUUCUGGAUCCACUCCCACCCCAUCCUUUGCUGCUACCCCAGUACUGCCAUCCCAUGUUGGCAUGAAUGAUACUAUAAGCAAAGGUAUGGCAGAUCGAGUGUUGAUAGGCGGUAACGCUGAGUCUGCCUCACCUCAGGCCAAUGGAAAACAUAACAAAUGGGAUUCAUACACGAGCAGCAUGACCUCAGACAGCAUGUCGAUUAGCAAGGAGAACUUCUCUAUAUGUUCGAGGGACUUUUCCAGUAAGACCCUAAAGCGAACAAGGAAGUUUGUUGUGGAUGGCGUGGAGGUGAGUGUGACCACGUCAAAGAUCAUCCGGGAUGAUGAGAAGAAAGAUGAGGAGAUGAGAUAUCUGAGGCGACAGGAGCUCCGUGAGCUCCGUUUGCUACAGAAGGAAGAACAACGCGCUCUGGCUCUUCUGAACACCAAACUGGAAGUCCAGAGGGAACAAAUACAGAAACGCUUUGACCAGGAAAUAAAUGCCAAGAAGAAGCAGUUUGAUACAGACCUGGAGACUCUGGAGAAACAUCAGAAACAAACUAUUGAGAAGAUGGAAACAGAACACAGUGUUAAGCUCAAGGCAGAAACCAAACGCAUCAAAAUGGAGCAGGAACGAGAAUUUAUAAAAUUCAUGGAACACUUAAAACAGAAGAAGAAGGAGGUUAAACAUUCAGUCGAUAAGAUGCCUCGAGCUGAGCGUAAAGACAGCUUAAAACAGCGCAUGAGCUCCUUCAAUGAAACAAAGGUGAAAAUGGAAGAUAGAUUCGUGGGGGAUCAGAGGAACUACUUAGACACAACGCUGAAGAUGAUCAUCUCCAACAACAAGAGGGAGAUUGCAGAAACAGAGCGAGAGUGUCUCAACAAGAAGCACCAACUUAUUAGAGAGAGAGAGGGCACGUUAUGGAACAUGGAGGAGAAGAACCUUUUAGACAAACACCAGCUUUUGAAACAGCAAAUGAAAGACCAGUACUUUCUUCAGAGGCAUCUACUUCUAAAGAAACAUGAGAAGGAGCAAGAACAAAUGCAGUGCUACAACCAGCGAAUGAUCGAGCUCCUUAAGAAUAGACAACAGCAGGAGAAAGGCCGUCAGCCGAAGAACCAGCGCAAUGAGGCGAAGACCCGCAUGGCCAUGUUCAAGAAGAGCCUCCGCAUCAAUUCGACAGGCAGUGCCUCAGAGGACAGAGAAAAGAUCAAACUGUUUUCUCAGCAGGAGCAGAAGCGGCAGAAGGCAGAGAGGCAGCACCAGCAGCAAAAACAUGAGAACCAGAUGAGGGAGAUGAUGGGUCAGUGCGAAAGCAACAUCAGGGAGCUACAGCAGCUGCAGAAUGAAAAGUGCCACCUGCUGAUUGAGAAUGAGACUCAGAGGCUCAAGCAUCUAGAUGAGCAGCACAUACAUCAGAUGAGGGAGUGGAGGGAGCAGCUGAAGCUCAGGAAGAGGACCAUUGAGGAUGAGCUGAGUGCAAAGAAGAGGGACCAGGAAGCUUUCUUCAUGAUGAAAGAGAGCAUAGACAAUUCAAACCCCAGCUCUCCCCAAAAACUCUCCAGGUUUGUGCCUUACUUAGACUCCUCUACCUUAUAAACGGAGAUGCUGUGAUGUUGCGCCGACCUAUCUACAAAACACGGACACGUGCACAGAAGUGUGUUCCAGAUGCCUGCUGCCUCGGUUUUCCUUUGCCUUAUUGGGAAUGACAAAACCCUAUUCUUUCAUUGGAUUUCUGUGUUGCUAAAGUGAAUAUUUAUGUUUUAACUCAAGUUUUAUUUUAUUGUGUUUGGAGUUGCUAAGAUUAUAAGACAUUUUUUCCCAACACAAUGCUCAACACGCCAAAUUAUCCGUUUUAAAGCGUGAAUCUUAAGGAAAACACCCUUCAUAGUUGCUUUAAUGUUGUUCCAGCCAGGGCAGUUUGCAUAAGAAAAAGGAAUGCAUUCAGUACUUGUAAACUAGUAACUAAGCAUUUUCAUCUAAAUAUGAUUUUAUGCAUAGAUACUUCCGAUAUAUUUCCCAGCUAUUCUCGACUUGUUCUGACCAUUAACCUCUCAUUUUCGUCGCAUAGCUGCCAAAGCCUUAUUUAUUUUUUACUGAUAAAGAUCAUUUUCAGGACUAACUUUAUUAUUAUUUCUGUUUAACAACCAUAAUAUGAAAGAGGGCUUUAAAUUCUUUAUUUUUUCAAAUGGGAUAAGAGGUGAAAUCCAAAGUUAUUUGAAUUUAAUCAUUUUAAUAAAUAUAUAAAGAUAAUUAUAUAGAAGCUCAGUUUUAUCAAACAAGGGAAGGCUAAAUGUUUGUUAGAUAGUGUUGCUUGGUUAUUUUCUUUUAUUUACUGUAUAAUUAGUUACACUGGUAGUACACUGGAUGGAAACUGACAAAGCCAAAGUAAAAUACUGUUUUUUAUGUUGCAUGGCUGAUUUAAAGGUGUUAAUUGUGCAAUUGUUCUAUAUAUUGCAGUUAAUGAACUACUUCUAACAAAUGUGCAAUACCGUAUAGAUGUCUCUGCUAAGCUUAGUGUUUUUUUUUAUAUUAAUGUGCACUAGCAGUUCCCCUGUUAAAUGAGAAGGUUUUUUUCUUUACAAAGCAAUUUGGCCUGCAGAGUUACACUGAAUCAGGUACAGCUUAUUCACUGUCUGUCUUUAAUUAAAAUUGGUGAUUUCUGUUGCUUCAUCUAUGUAUUUCUCAGUUUACAUAACAUUAUUUGUAUGGAAGGGGUUGUGAGUAUAAAUGACAUCUGUAUGAGAAGGAACCACUGGUGUAUAUAACUGAAUAAAAUACUUUUUUUAAACCAUAA